AAGACGGGUCAGGGUGACAAUGAAGGAACUUCUCUCUAUUCAGUUGCUUUGGUUUCUCCUUUCUUUUCACUCCACCAUAGGUGCUGAUGUCCUGAGGCUGGUGGAUGGAGACAGCCCCUGUGCUGGGAGAGUGGAGGUUAAACACCAGGAUCAGUGGGGGAUGGUGUGUGAUGAUGAUGAAACGGAACGGCAGUAUCAUUCAGUCAUUUGUAAACAGCUGGGAUGUGGAUCUGCCGUUGCCACGUCUGAAGCUUUAAUUUUUGGAGAACAUUCUGGACUGACUUGGCUCACAGAAGUUAUUUGUCAUGGUAACGAGUCAGCUCUCUGGGACUGCAAACAUGGAGGAUGGGAAUUGAAAUCUUGCCCUUAUCCUGCUGGAGUGCUCUGUUCAGGCCAUAUUAAGUCCCGGCUGAUUGGAGGGGAGAGUAUCUGCUCAGGACGCGUUGAGAUAGAACAUGGAGAAACAUGGGUUACAGUCUGUGAUGCUGACUUCGAUCUCAAAGCUGCCAGGGUUAUCUGUAGUGAAUUAAACUGUGGAGCAGCGGUAUCGAUCCUGGGAGGAGCUCACUUUAAACAAGGAGAUGGGCCAAUCUGGAAUGAAAAACUUCAGUGUGCAGGGAAUGAGUCACAACUCUUCUAUUGUCCCAGGGUCUCACAUUUGAAUGAGACAUGCUCACAUGCAAAUGAUGUCAGCAUUGUGUGCUCAGGAGCUACUGAGGAGCUGAGGCUGGUGGAUGGAGGCAGCCCCUGUGCUGGGAAAGUGGAGGUUAAACACAAGGAUCAGUGGGGGAUGGUGUGUGAUGGUGUCUGGGAAAUGGAAGAUGCUGAAGUUGUUUGUAGGCAGUUGGGAUGUGGAUCUGCUGUUAGUGUCCAUGAUCAAGCUCAUUUUGGGUCCAGUUCUGGGCCAAUUUGGCUGGAUGAAGUUGCCUGUGAUGGUACUGAGUCAUCUCUCUUGGAGUGCAAACACAGAGGAUGGGGUGUGCAUAGCUGUGAUCAUCAUAAACCUGCUGGAGUCACCUGUUCAGGUCAUAUUACACCCCGACUUGCUGGAGGGGACAGCAUCUGCUCAGGACGUGUUGAAGUAAGACAUGGAGAAGAAACAUGGUCUACAGUCUGUGAUUCCCACUUCAGUCUCAAUACUGCCAUCGUUAUCUGCAACCAGCUAAACUGUGGAACAGCCAUAUCUAUCCUGGGAGGAGCUCAGUUUGGAGAAGGAAAUGGAACAGUCUGGAAUGAAACAUUCCAGUGUGUAGGGAAUGAAUCCCACCUUGUGUAUUGUCCCAGAACAUCACAUGUGAAUCAGACAUGUGGUCCUGCUAACGUUGUCAGCAUCAUAUGCUCACGGUACCCAGGGUUCCGGUUGGUGAACGGCAGCACACAGUGCUCAGGGAGAGUGGAGAUCCAGGUGCAUGGUGCCUGGGGAGCCCUGUGUGACUCACAUUGGGACUUAUCCAUCGCCAACGUCCUUUGCAAUCAGCUUGAAUGUGGAUUCGCCAUAUUGGCUCCGGGCGAAGGAUACUUUCGGGAAGGAAAUGGCUCUGAGUGGACAGACUCACUUCACUAUAAGAGUUCUGACCCAUACUUGGGUCACAGCCCUGUUACCACGUUGGAGGCACCUCAGUGCCCACAUGCUAAUGAUGCCAGUGUGAUUUGUUCAGGAAACAGGCAGAUCAGAUUGGUGAAUGGGUCAGAUUGUUGUGCCGGAAGAGUGGAGAUUUAUUACAAUGGCACCUGGGGGACAAUCUGUGAUGAUUCCUGGGACCUGUCAGACUCCAGUGUUAUUUGUAGAGAACUGGGAUGUGGACACGCCAUCAGUGCAACUAUCUCUGCACAUUCUGGGGAAGGAUCUGGGCAGAUCUGGCUGGAUGAUGUAAACUGCUCUGGGAAUGAAUCCAGUCUCUGGGAAUGUCCAUCUGGAGGAUGGGGUUUGCAUAACUGCAGGCACAACGAAGAUGCAGGAGUUGUCUGUUCAGAAAACAAACAGAUCAGACUGGUGAAUGGAACAGAUCACUGCUCUGGGAGAGUGGAGAUUUAUUACAAUGGCACCUGGGGAACAAUCUGUGAUAAUUCCUGGGAUCUAUCAGAUGCCAACGUUGCUUGCAAACAACUGAGAUGUGGACACGCCAUCAAUGCAUCUGUCUCUGCUCGAUACGGGCUAGGAUCUGGGAAGAUCUGGCUGGAUGAUGUGAAUUGCUCUGGGAAUGAAUCCAAUCUCUGGGUGUGUUCUUUCAGAGAAUGGGGUCAGCACAAUUGUGGAGAUCAUGAAGAUGCUGGAGUUAUCUGCUCAGGAAGUAAACAGAUCAGACUGGUGAAUGGGGCAGAUCACUGUGCUGGCAGGGUGGAAAUUUAUUACCAAGACACGUGGGGGACAGUCUGUGAUGAUUCCUGGGACCUAUCGGAUGCCAAUGUUGUUUGCAAAGAACUGGGAUGUGGACAUGCCAUCAAUGCACCUGUUUCUGCUCAUUAUGGGCAAGGAUCAGGGGAGAUCUGGCUGGAUGAUGUGAACUGCUCUGGAACUGAAACCAACCUUUGGAUAUGUCCUUCCAGGGGAUGGGGUCAGCACAGCUGUGGGCAUCAUGAAGAUGCAGGAGUGCUCUGCUCAGAACACAAGCAGAUCAGACUGGUAAAUGGUGCAGAUCACUGCUCUGGGAGAGUGGAAAUUUAUUACAAUGGCAUCUGGGGGACAGUCUGUGAUGAUUCCUGGGAUCUGUUGGACUCCAAUGUCAUUUGCAAACAACUGGGAUGUGGACAUGCCAUCAAUGCAACUGUCUCUGCUCAUUAUGGGGAAGGAGCUGGGCAGAUCUGGCUGGCCAAUGUGAACUGCUCUGGAACUGAAUCCAGUCUGUGGACCUGUCCUUCCAGGGGAUGGGGUCAGCAUAACUGUGCACACUCCAACGAUGCAGGAGUUAUCUGCUCAGGGAGCAAGCAAGUCAGACUCAUAAAUGGAGCGGACCAUUGUGAAGGGAGAGUAGAGGUAAAUUACAGAGGCACCUGGGGAACAAUCUGUGAUGAUUCUUGGGACCUAUCGGAUGCCAAUGUUGUUUGCAAACAACUGGGAUGUGGACGUUCCAUCAAUGUAACUGCUACUCAUUAUGGGGAAGGAUCAGGACAGAUCUGGCUGGAUGAAUUGAACUGCUCUGGAAAUGAAUCCUAUCUCUGGGCAUGUCCUUCCAGAGGAUGGGGCCAGCACAACUGUGGACACAAAGAGGAUGCAGGAGUUCUCUGUUCAGGAAGCAACCAGGUCAGACUGGUGAAUGGGGCAGAUCGCUGCUCUGGGAGAGUGGAAAUCUAUAAUGAUGGCAUGUGGGGAACAGUCUGUGAUGAUUUCUGGGACCUAUCAGAUUCCAAUAUUGUUUGCAAACAGCUUGGAUGUGGACACGCUCUUCUUUCAAAUCUCUCUGGACAUUAUGGGGAAGGAUCAGGGAAGAUCUGGCUAGAUGAUCUGAAUUGCUCUGGGAAUGAAUCCAAGCUCUGGGAAUGUUCUUCCAGAGGAUGGGAUCAACAUAACUGUCAUCACUAUGAAGAUGCAGGAAUUCUCUGCUCAGGAAGCCAACAGGUCAGACUGGUGAAUGGGAUCGAUCGCUGUGCUGGGAGAGUGGAGAUUUCCUACAAUGGCACCUGGGGGACAGUCUGUGAUCAUUCCUGGGACCUAUCAGAUGCCAGUAUCGUUUGCAAACAACUGAGAUGUGGGCAUGCCAUCAGUGCAACUGUCUCUGCUCAUUAUGGGCAAGGAUCAGGGCAGAUCUGGCUGGAUGAGUUGAAAUGCUCUGGAACUGAAUCCACUCUCUCAGAAUGUCCUUCCGAGGGCUGGGGGCAGCAUAACUGUGGGCAUCAUGAAGAUGCAGGAGUGCUCUGUUCAGGAAGCGAACAGAUCAGACUGGUGAAUGGAGUAGACAGAUGCUCUGGGAGAGUGGAAGUUUAUUACAAUGGCACCUGGGGGACAGUCUGUGAUGAUUCCUGGGACACAUCAGAUGCCAAUGUUGUUUGCAAAGAAUUGGGAUGUGGACACGCCAUCAAUGCACCUGGCUCAGCUCAUUAUGGACAAGGAUCAGGGCAGAUCUGGCUGGAUGAUGUGAGUUGCUCUGGGAGUGAAUCCUAUCUUCGGGACUGUUCCUCCAGAGGAUGGGGCCAGCACAACUGUGGGCACGGUGAAGACGCUGGAGUUCUCUGCUCAGGAAGCAAACAGAUCAGACUGGUGAAUGGAGUAGACAGAUGCUCUGGGAGAGUGGAAGUUUAUUACAAUGGCACCUGGGGGACAGUCUGUGAUGAUUCCUGGGACACAUCAGAUGCCAAUGUUGUUUGCAAAGAAUUGGGAUGUGGACACGCCAUCAAUGCACCUAGCUCAGCUCAUUAUGGACAAGGAUCAGGGCAGAUCUGGCUGGAUGACGUGAGUUGCUCUGGAAGCGAAUCCUAUCUUCAGGACUGUUCCUCCAGUGGAUGGGGUCAGCACAACUGUGGGCAUGGUGAAGACGCUGGAGUUCUCUGCUCAGGAAGCAAACAGCUCAGACUGGUGAAUGGAGCAGAUCAUUGUGCUGGGAGAGUGGAGGUUUAUAAUGAUGGCACCUGGGGCACAGUUUGUGAUGAUUACUGGGAUCUACUGGCUUCGAAUGUUGUUUGCAAACAACUGGGGUGUGGACAUAUCAUCAAUGUAACUGUCUCUGCUUAUUAUGGGGAAGGAUCAGGGCAGAUCUGGCUGGACAAAGUGAAGUGCUCUGGAACUGAAUCCUAUAUCUGGGAAUGUUCUUCUAGUAGAUGGGGUAAGAAUAACUGUGGACACAGCGAAGAUGCAGGAGUUAUCUGCUCAGGAAGCAAACAGAUCAGACUGGUGAAUGGGGCAAAUCGUUGCUCUGGGAGAGUGGAGAUUUAUUACCGUGGUUCCUGGGGGACAGUCUGUGAUAAUUCCUGGGCCCUUUCAGCUGCCAAUGUUGUUUGCAAAGAACUGGGAUGUGGACACGCCAUCAAUGCACCUGGUUUGGCUCACUAUGGAAAAGGAUCAGGGCAGAUCUGGCUGGAUGAAGUGAGUUGCUCCGGAAAUGAAUCCUAUCUUCGAGACUGUUCCUCCAAAGGAUGGGGUCAGCACAACUGUGAGCACAGUAAAGAUGCUGGAGUUUUCUGCUCAGGAACCAAACAGAUCAGACUGGUGAAUGGGGCAGAUCGUUGCUCUGGGAGAGUGGAGAUUCAUUACAAUGGCGCCUGGGGGACAGUCUGUGAUGAUUCCUGGGACAUAUCAGAUGUCAAUGUUGUUUGUAAAGAAUUGGGAUGUGGACACGCCAUUGAUGCCCCUACCUCAGCUUAUUAUGGGCAAGGAUCAGGGCAGAUCUGGCUGGAUGAUGUGAGUUGCUCUGGGAGUGAAUCCUAUCUUCGGGACUGUUCCUCCAGAGGAUGGGGUCAGCAUAACUGCGGGCACGGUGAAGACGCUGGAGUUCUCUGCUCAGGAAGUAAACAGAUCAAACUGGUGAAUGGAAUAGAUAGAUGCUCUGGGAGAGUGGAGAUUUAUUACAAUGGCACCUGGGGGACAGUCUGUGAUGAUUCCUGGGACAAAUCAGAUGCCAAUAUUGUUUGCCAAGAAUUGGGAUGUGGAAGCGCCCUUAAUGCACCUGGCUCAGCUCAUUAUGGGGAAGGAUCAGGGCAGAUCUGGCUGGAUGAUGUGAGUUGCUUUGGAAAUGAAUCCUAUCUUCGGGACUGUUCCUCCAGAGGAUGGGGUCAGCAUAACUGUGGGCACGGUGAAGAUGCUGGAGUUCUUUGCUCAGGAAGCAAACAGAUCAGACUGGUGAAUGGGGCAGAUCGAUGCUCUGGGAGAGUGGAGAUUCAUUACACUGACUCCUGGGGAACAGUCUGUGAUGAUUCCUGGGACCUAUCAGAUGCCAAUGUUGUUUGUGAAGAACUGGGCUGUGGACGUGCUAUCAAAGCACGUGACUCAGCUCAUUAUGGGCAAGGAUCAGGGCAGAUCUGGCUGGAUGAUGUGAGUUGCUCUGGGAGUGAAUCCUAUCUUCGGGACUGUUCCUCCAGAGGAUGGGGUCAGCACAACUGUGGGCACGGUGAAGACGCUGGAGUUCUCUGCUCAGGAAGCAAACAAAUCAGACUGGUGAAUGGGGGAGAUCCUUGCUCUGGGAGGGUAGAGAUUCAUUACAAUAGCACCUGGGGGACAGUCUGUGAUGAUUCCUGGGACACAUCAGAUGCCAAUGUUGUUUGUAAAGAAUUGGGAUGUGGACACGCCAUCGAUGCACCUGGCUCAGCUUAUUAUGGGCAAGGAUCAGGGCAGAUCUGGCUGGAUGAUGUGAGUUGCUCUGGGAGUGAAUCCUAUCUUCGGGACUGUUCCUCCAGAGGAUGGGGCCAGCAUAACUGUGGACACGGUGAAGAUGCUGGAGUUCUCUGCUCAGGUUAGAAUCUGCAUUCACUAAGAAGGGAAAACGGCUCUGGGCUGGUGAAAGACAAGUCUCAUGACCCAGACUAUGAAGAAUCUGAACAAUACAUUCUUGGAUCAUCAAUAUAAGAAUAAUUGAGUUUAGAUAAAAUACAACAUGAGGCAGCAAACUCUAUAUGAUCUGCUUCUUUUUCUGAGAAAAGCUCAGCUGUGACACACUGAUAUAAUACUGUUCAGAGAGGCUUCUAAAGUUGCAGGAAAUACAAGCACGUUUAGGAACACGUUGCCAAAUUUCCUCUGUAUAAUUUUCCAUUGGUCAAACUGUGUAGAC